AUGAACUGCGGAGGCUGCUCAGGCGCUAUCACUCGCGUCCUUACAAGAGCACAAGAGACCGGCGCAGGCGUCACCUCUUUCGAUGUCUCGCUCGAGAACCAGUCCGUCGAGGUACGCGGACCCAUCGACUUCGCUUUGCUCACGGAGAAGAUUGAGAAGACAGGAAAGAAGGUACGU